AUGCGGCUCAUCGGGGCCGCAUGGCUCGCCGCCCGGCGAUGCCAGCGGCAAGCUCGUGAAGCCCUCGCCCUCGCCUCGCUGCGCAACUUCUCCGCCAUCCAAUCCCCCCGCGCGUUACACUCGCUCCACUCUCCGCCUCUCACUGCCGCCUCUCCACCCGUCAGGCUUCAUCGCAUCCUGGCAAGCGGAGAAUCUGCGCAGACACCCUUUUCUGCGCGCAUCGCCGCUCCGUCACCCGCGCGCAUCGCCUCCGCCGCACCUCUCGCGCAGGAGGGAUCGGCGCAAGCCGCGAGAGUGACAGGGGUGCAGGGGCUUGAGGGGAAGAAGGGGGAGGGGAAACGGGUGGAAGGGGUUGCGGACGCCACAAAAGGCACCUCUGCUGCUGCUGGCAUGAGGGUUGAUCACGGCACUGCGCCUUUUUCUGCACGCCCUGCACAGCACACCUAUGCUCCCACCACCACCGCUGCAUGGCAGGGCGGGCGGAUGCCGCCCACAGCAGCAGGCGAGAAGCCGCGCGUGGUGGUGCUGGGGUCGGGGUGGGCGGCGUGCCGCUUCCUGCGCGACGUGGACACGCGUGUGUGGGACGUGGUGUGCGUGUCGUCGCGCAACCACAUGGUGUUCACGCCGCUGCUGGCAUCCACGUGCGUGGGCACGCUGGAGUUCCGGUCCGUGGCGGAGCCCGUGGAGCACAUCCAGCCCGCCGUCUCCCACGCGCCCUCCUCCUUCUUCUUCCUCGCCACCUGCACCGCCGUGCACCUGCGCCAGCACCAGGUGACGCGCGCCCUGCUCCCCCGUGCUUGCACGCGGUCAUGGUGCUCACGGAAGAUCACGUGCGAGUACGUGGACGACGAGGGCCCCAGCGCGUCUCCGCUGGGCAGCACGUGGCGCUUCAGCAUCGCGUACGACAAGCUGGUGGUGGCGGUGGGCGCGCAGGCCAGCACGUUCGGCAUCAGGGGCGUGGAGCAGCACGCCUUGUUCCUGCGCGAGGUGCGCCACGCCCAGACCAUCCGCCGCCGCCUGCUGCUCAACCUCAUGAAGAGCGACACACCCGUGGCACCUUUUGUGGUCCGUGUGUGCCAACCACUUUUGGCGGGGCUGCCGGAGGAGGAGAAGCGGCGCCUGCUGUCGUGCGUGGUGGUGGGAGGGGGGCCGACGGGUGUGGAGUUCAGUGGCGAGCUGAGUGACUUCAUCCGCAGGGACGUGCGCGCCAAGUACGCCCAUGUCAAGGACUACGUGCACGUCACCCUCAUCGAGCUCACAUAUUCCAUGGACCCUGCUCUCCCUUCUGCCCUCUCCCCUGCCCUGCUCGCCAUGCAGGCACAUGACAUUCUGUCAUCGUUCGAUGUCUCUCUGCGCGACUAUGCCGUGCGCCACCUCACCAAGAGUGGAGUGUCGCUGAAGCGCGGGCAGGUGGCGGAGGUGACGGCCAGCACUGUGGUGUUGACGGACGGCUCUGUCAUUCCCUAUGGGCUGCUCGUCUGGUCCACCGGGCCUCCCGUUGUACCCGUCCUGCCUCCUGUGCACCUUAGAAUAGCAGUUAUGGAGGGUCUGAGGGUGGUGGGGGAGGCGGACGUGUUUGCGUUGGGUGACUGUGCCGGCUUCCAUGAGAGCACUGGUUGUCCCACACUGCCUGCGCUUGCUCAGGUGGGUGCCACACUGGCGGCAUGGAUUGGGGAGCGGAGGGUGGGGAGCUCAUGCAUUAAUCAUGGGCAUGAGACAGAAGGCCAGUAUGUUGUGUUGUUGAAGUGUGCGCAGGUGGCGGAGAGGCAGGGGCGGUAUCUGGCAGUGAGGUUCAACCGCAUGGGCAAGGCAGGCGCUGGCAAGGCGGGUGCAGGAGAGGGUGGGGGAGGGGAGGAGCAGCCAUUUGUGUACCGGCACUUGGGCAGCAUGGCCACGGUGGGGCGCUACAAGGCUCUCGUGGACCUGCAGAUCGGCCAGGGAGGCAAGCGGCACCUUUCCCUGGCGGGCUUCGCAAGCUGGUUCAUCUGGCGGUCGGCAUACCUCACUCGAGUCAUCAGCUGGCGCAACCGCCUGUACGUGGCCGUCAACUGGGCCACCACUCUGCUCUUUGGCCGCGACAUCUCACGCAUUUGA